AUGGGAAUCAUACUACGUGCUGUGUUUGUGCUGACUUUACUCCAUCUCGGUCUAGUAAAUGGGCAAAUCUAUAAUGUUCUUAAGUAUGGUGCUAAGGGAGAUGGUACUACCGAUGAUUCAGAGCAAUUGGCUUUUCAAGGAUGCAAUACUCUUAAGAUAGUUGGACUAAAGUCAUUCGAUAGCCCAAGAAAUCAUAUUUCAAUCCAUGAUUGCAAAGACGUUAAAAUAGCGAAGAUAACACUUGUUGCACCCGAUGAUAGUCCUAACACAGAUGGAAUUAAUAUCGCCAUGUCAACUGAUGUCAGCAUAUCCGACUCUUUCAUUGGAACUGGAGAUGAUUGUGUAGCUUUAAACAAUGGAAGUGUAAAUAUCAACAUCACAAGGAUGAUGUGUGGUCCUGGACAUGGAAUAAGUGUGGGAAGUCUAGGAAGAGAUGGAGAAGAAUCAAUGGUUGAGAACGUCUUAGUGACUAAUUGCACUUUCAAUGGGACGGAUAAUGGAGCUAGAAUUAAGACAUGGCCGGAAUCAGCAGUGGCAAUUAGCAACGUGACAUUCGCAAAUAUUCAAGGAACGGCAAGACGCGAUGAGAUUAUAAAGAUUGAUUGCAGCAAAGUCACAUAUUGCAAAGACGUCGUUCUAGAUCAAAUCGAUAUUACUACGGUCGAUGGAAAGGAUCCCGUAGUUGAAUGCAGUAACGUGUAUGGAAAGUCGAGCCAUGCUAACGAGGUGGCUGGCUGUUUCGUGCAACGUCCAUGA